CAGUCGGUCGUCAACGGUGCUGUUAUUGUUUUACUAGCCUAGCCCGCUGGCGGCUGCGCUUGGACUAGCGAUGCCGUUCGCGGUGUGGUGUAUCGCACUCGUUUUGGCUAUCUUCCUUCGCCACGUGCCCCGUUGGAUAUACCAACAUCUAAGACGUAUUUACUACGCUCGCAAACUGCCAUCCAUAGAACCGACGGAGUGGAUCACGGGUAACUCAAGACAUGUACUUCCGGAAAUUUUUACCGACACCCUGCAGCGGAUGAUGGCCAGGACGCGUAGAAACCAGGCGGCGAUGGUGCGUUGCGAUUUGACGGCGUUGAUGCCUUGCGUCAUCGUGUACGACACCAAAAUCGUUCAAGAACUGCUGACAGCGGCUAUACCCAAGAGCGACUAUCUCCAUUCGUUUACAACGUCCAUGCUGGGAUGUGGAUUGCCAGUGACCAAUGGCAAGACCUGGUCGACAGAUAGGAAGCUGUUGAAUCCCGCGUUUCACCCUCGCAUCUUACCUAACUACGCCGAGAUAUACUGUAGAGGCACAGAGGUGUUGAUCACUAAACUGAAAGGCCAACCACUGCUGGGUGAUGCUGACAAGAGUAGGAAUCCGGUUAGAAUUGCGUUGGCCGAUCCGAUGCACGCGCUGGUGCUGGACGUUCUUCUCCAGUGCUCAAUGAGCCACCAGUCCAACUGCCAGCUGGAGCAUUGUGACAUCAUCCCGGCUGCUGAUACUUGGAGUAAGCUUGUGCAGCGCCGGGUAGGCAAUGUUCUCUACCAUCCAGACUUCAUUUACACGAGGACUGCCGAGGGUCAACAGCAUCAGGAGGCAUGCCGCCGAGUCCACGAUAUUGUAGACGGCUUAGUUGCGGGUCGAUUGGAAGAACUGAAUUGUAGCUCGGAAAGCCCACUCAGGUCCCGGGACAUGCUAGGAAUCCUGCUGAGUGCAAGAACCUCCGACGGCAGGAGCAUGGCGGCCGCGGAAAUCCGAGAUCAACUGGUCUCGUUUCUCCUGUGUGGAUUGGACUCCACAGCAGACACACUGCAGUGGGCACUGUACUAUUUGGCGGGCGACCCUGCAGUGCAGGAGAAGUGCAGGAAAGAGGCUAGAGAGGUUCUGUGUGCCGGCGGUGCCGAGACUCCCUCCAACAUCUACACCGGCGCUAGCCAGUUGACGUCCAUCACCGAUGUCAUCAUGGAAACGCUGCGCCUUGCACCGCCGAUGCACCGUUCCAUACGUGAGCUCCCGGAGGACGCCACCAUGGGUGGAUACUUUCUAGCGGAAGGGACGCGCAUCGUAGUUUCGCUCUGGGCGCUGCAUCACAAUCCUCAAAUCUGGCACGACCCGCUCAAGUUCGAUCCGUCUCGAUUCCACGCCGACAGUGGGCUGGCAAAGCAGCCGACUAGCGAUGCGUUCCUGCCGUUCAGCACCGGACCGCGUAACUGCAUUGGCCAAGGCUUUGCACUGGCGCUGAUCAGGGUAAUCCUGGUACUGCUGCUGCUAGAGUUCAAGUUCAGCCAGCCUGCAGAUAUGCAUGACAUGCAGUCAGCAAUGUUCGUCCUCAGCACCCGGCCUAAGAAACCAAUUGAACUGCUCAUGGAGCGUGUCUGAUUUGGAUUGUCACCGGCUAUACGACACAGCUCUCGAACGACUUACCCCUCUAUCUUGUGGCAUCGCUAACUCCUUUACGGUUUUGUCCUGUGAGUAUCAAACAUCACAGUGAAGAGUAGCAUUGUACGGAAGAAACGGACGUGUGAAGCUGUGAAGCUCUGAAUGAAGCAGUGAAGUCAGGUACAUACUCUCUUGUGUGAUUUGAAGUUUUAGAUUAUCUUUCCUUGUUACUCGCAAGUAACGCACAACGUCUUUUAAAUUCAUCCGCCGUGCUCAUUAUGAUGAAAAUCGCCCUCUCUCUCGAGACUGACUCCAAUCGAUCGGUAUGCAGAGGCAAUAUGAAAUCUUUA